AUGGCACCGGUCAGCACCACCACCACCACCACCAAGGAGCCGGUGAUCGUGGACGCCUCUUCAACUUCAGCUGAGUCGACGGUGAUGCUGGACGAGGACGUGCUGAAGCUGCGUCCGCUGGGCGCCGGCCAGGAGGUGGGCCGCAGCUGCAUCUACAUGGAGUUCAAGGGGAAGAAGAUCCUGAUGGACAUGGGCAUCCACCCCGGCCUGAACGGCAUGGAGUCGCUGCCCUUCGUCGACCUGAUCGACCCCGAGGAGAUCGACCUGCUGCUCAUCUCGCACUUUCACCUCGACCACUGCGGCGCCCUGCCCUGGUUCCUCACAAAGACCAACUUCAGGGGGCGGUGCUUUAUGACGCACGCCACCAAGGCGAUCUACCGGUGGCUCCUGGCUGAUUGCAUCAAGGUCUCAAACAUCUCCACGGAAAUGAUGCUCUACACCGAGGCCGACCUGGAGCGGUCGAUGGAGAAGAUCGAGGUGAUCAACUUCCACGAGGAGAAGGAGGUGGCGGGCGUCCGCUUCUGGUGCUACAACGCCGGCCACGUCCUCGGCGCGGCCAUGUUCAUGCUGGAGAUUGCCGGCGUGAAGAUCCUCUACACGGGCGACUUCUCGCGCCAGGAGGAUCGCCACCUGAUGAGCGCCGAGAUUCCCGCCAUCCUCCCCGAUGUGCUCAUCAUCGAGAGCACCUACGGGACGCACAUUCACGAGCCACGGGAGGACAGAGAGGCGAGGUUUACCGGCAUCGUCUACGACACCGUCACCCGCGGCGGCCGCUGUCUGAUCCCCGUCUUCGCCCUCGGCCGCGCCCAGGAGCUGCUGCUCAUCCUCGACGAGUACUGGUCGCAGCACCCGGAGCUGCACGACAUUCCCAUCUACUACGCCAGCUCGCUGGCGAAGAAGUGCAUGUCCGUCUACCAGACGUACAUCAGCGCCAUGAACAGCCGCAUCAAGCGGCAGAUCGCCAUCAACAAUCCCUUCGUCUUCAAGCACAUCAGCAACCUGAAGAGCAUCGACCACUUCGAGGACGUGGGCCCCUGUGUGGUGAUGGCCACGCCCGGCAUGAUGCAGUCGGGGCUCAGCCGGGAGCUCUUCGAGGCGUGGUGCGGCCACCGCGCGAACUGCUGCAUCAUCGCCGGCUACUGCGUCGAGGGGACGCUGGCGAAGCAGAUCCUCAGCGAGCCGGAGGAGAUUGUGGCGCAGUCGGGGCAGAAGCUGCCCCGUCGCUGUCAGAUCGAGUACAUCAGCUUCAGCGCCCACACCGACUACCGCCAGACGAGCGAGUUUGUGCGGGCGCUUCGCCCGCCCCAUAUAGUGAUGGUCCACGGCGAGGCGAAUGAGAUGGGCCGCCUGAAGUCGGCGCUGAUGCGCGAGUACGAGGACACCGAGGCGCCGCCCGCCUUCCACAACCCCAAGAACACGGUGGCCGUGGAGCUGCACUUUCGCGGCGAGAAGAUCGCCAAGGUGAUGGGCUGCCUGGCGAUGCGUGGCCCCAGCGAGGGCCUCCGCCUGUCGGGCGUCCUGGUGAAGCGGAACUUCGCCUACCACCUGCUGGCGCCCGCCGACCUGCACAAGUACACCGACAUGGUGGUCAGCACGGUGGACCAGCGGCUGACGGUGCCCCUGGGGGCGGGAACCGCCGUCGGCGAGAGCUUUGAGGCGCUGGUCGCCGCGCUGGACGGCCUGGCGGUGGCCGUCCUCGAGGAGGGCCUGUCGCUGGUGGUCAUGGGCAUGAUCAAGGUGAGCUACAAUCCAAAGCCCAAGGCUUCCCUUCCGGCGCUGCCUGCACCUCCUCCUACCUCUUCUUCCACUACCACCACCACUACCUCCACCUCAUCACCCCCUUCCUCUUCUUCUUCUUCUCCGGUGGCCGUGCUGGAGUGGACGAGCAGCCCCGCCGCCGACCUGGUGGCCGACAGCAUCGUCGCCCUGCUGAUGAAGGGCACCCUCAGCGAGAAGGAGGUGGCCGCGCUGACCACUGCUCCUAAUCAGGCAGCCGCCUCUAAGGACAGCACAGACCAGCUGGCCAUGCCACCGCUGACCAAACCGAAGGCAAAGAGUGGCAAGGCGGUUUCUGCCGCCGAACGGGAGCUCCUCUUCACCAACUUCCUCAUCGACAGCCUCCGCGAGAUGUUCAACCUCGAGGAGGAGGACUUUAGCGUCGGUACGCGAGAGGUGGAGGUGAUGGUCACCGAGGAGGUGCCCGAAGAGGAGGAAGGAGCGGCUGACGGCGCUGAAGAAGGUGGUGGCAAGAACAAGAACAAGGAGGACACUACUGCAGAGAUGCCGCCCAAGAUGAAGGAGGAGCCGAUGGACGAGGACGUCGAGACGGAGAUGGAAAUGGAUGAGGCGGUGGCAGGGAUGUCACAGCAGGCGAAGCGGGCAAAGAAGACGCGAGAGACUCUGCGCCGAGAGACGCACAAGAUUCUUGCCUUCAAGGUGGUCAUGGAUGGUGGGGGCGAGCAGAAGGAGAAGCAAACUCCGUCUUUAUCUUCGACCACCUCGGUGGAGGUGGACAUUACCUCGAAGCAGCUGCUGCAGUGCGACCUGGAGACGGUCCGCUCGAUG